GCAGGUAAGCCGACUGCUUCUAUAAAAGAGUCAGCACCGAGACCUGCGGAGAACGGCGAGAUAAGGAAGAAGAGGUAUCUUGGAAAAAAAGAAGACUGUUGAAUGUAGAUCUGCUGUGCAGGGAUGGGCGACUCCAAAGAGGACUCUGUUUCAAGGGCAAACAAAGUUGCCUUCAGAGUGGCAGCCAAAGAAAAUAAAGACAAGGGCUCAGCAGUGAAACAGAAGGCCCAAGCAACAACUUACCCAGCAACAUCUUCUAGCGACCAAACGCCCCGAAGAUCAUCACGAGUGGUGCAAAGCAGACCUGAGGACACUGGAACCAUCAGCCUCAAGGGGCUCAUAGCAGCACAGAGGUUCACUAAAGGAUUAAAGGAGCGGACUGCUUUAAAACUUGCUGCAAAACUGGGCCCUGGAGCACGCCUUCGUAAACCUGUCACCAUCCUUUAUGAUCAGGUACCCAGCACCUCCUCUAAGCCAAAAGAGAAAUUCUCUUGCGCUGGAGUGGAUGAACUUAUGAAAAACUACCUUGUGUCAAGGCUUGAAAAGGUCUCCUAUGAUCCUCUAGUGUCCACCAGACUUGCCCAGGACCUGAGCGAUGAUAUCAAGCGUAUGGUGAAAAAAAUCACCCCACCACGCUACAAGCUUGUGUGCGUGGUCACAGUGGGAAAGAAGGAUAAGGAGGCAGCAGUGGUGGCAAGCCGCUGUCUCUGGGACACACACGCGGACAGCUUCACUUCAUACACCUAUGAAAACCAGACUCUCUUUUGCGUUGCCACCAUCUUUGCUGUUUAUUUUGAGUGACUGUUUUGUGUUGUUAUUUCACCCGAGAUGAAAAGAUGGACGUUUUCACAGCACAAGAUAUAAUAGUGUUAGCGAUUCUGUGCCAAGGAAGUCACUUUAUAAUGACUGAAACUUCUAAGACACUCACAUUCACAACAAAAUAAGACGAAUAAAACAGCUGACUCUAUUUCACAACUAGGAAGUAAAUAAAUAAGUAAGUAAAUAUUUGAUUUUCAGCUUUUCAGGGCUCACCUGACAGCUUACUGUGAGAUGACAUCCAACUCCUUGGAGCUCCAGGGGUGCUUAAUAAGGUUUUUAUUUUGUACUGAUAGAUAACAUAAGUUUCCAGAUGAGAUUUUUUCAGCUUUUAGUUAGAACAAGCCCUGUUCUAAUAAACACAUUUUGAAAAUCCAACUUGUAAGACUGUGUUGUAAAAUAUAUAUUUAUUAUCAAAGUGUUCUGUUAGUGGCUUCAUGACUGGAUGGCAAGGUGCCACAGCAGUUUACCUCGUAUCUCCAAGACCUUAGCUUCAGUUUCUGGCUUGGCUACUAUCUGUGUGGAGUUUACGUGUUCUCCCAUAUUUGUUGCUGUGAUAUUAAUGAGUUCAGAUUAAGCGUAGGUGUGGAGGUGGUCCUGCACAGUAUGGUGGCUGCUGAGUGAUUAAGAGAGCUUAGCUAACGCCACCAAGAAAUGCUCCAUUUUGCGUUGCUUAGUCAGUCCCUGCAGAAACAACUAAUGGCAUUCUCUCUGAAGGACACUGCUUCAGAAAGCCCUCGUGAUGCCAGGCGUCGUGGGUUUGUGGAUGACCACCAAAAGUCACCACAGUGUAAAAUGUUCAACCUUGGACAGAUCAUGGUAUCAUUAUAUGACAAAAUACUUUGGGUAGUUAGCAGGAUCUCCAUGGUGGAUGGGUGGAGUGUAGCAGUUGUCUUGUGCAGUAUGGUGGAUGCUGACUGAGGCAGUCAGAGCUCAGCUGACAUCGCCAGGAACUGCUACACUUUGAAUUAUGUAGUCAGUCCCGGCACAAACACCUAGUGGAGUUCUCCUUUAGCUUAAGCUUUAGGGACACAGCGUCUAAGGAUCGUGAAUUUGUGGGUGACUACCAACACUUAUUACAGCGCAAAAUGUGCAGCCUGGGAUGAAUGGCUGUGUGAUUAUAUGAUUAGACGCUUGGUGUAAUUGGCAGGAUUUCCAGUGUGGAUGUGUGGAGGGUAGUUGGUGUGUUGUGUUGUGCAGUGGAGUGGUGUCUGUGUGGAAGGGACAGCUCAGGUGAUGUCACUAGGAAGAGGUCCGCUUCACAUUCCUUACAGCUUGUCCCUGUGUGAAUAGUUAAUGGAGUUCUCCCUUAGCUCAUGAUUUAAGGAAGCUGCUUCUGAGGGCCCUAAUAAUCCAAAUGUCAUGGGGUUGCAACUGACCACCAGCACUUACUACGCUACAAAACAUAUACCCUGGGGCGGAUCGUGGUGUGAGUCCAUGACAAUGCAGUAGGUGUGCUUGAAUACACAGUUGGAAUGACUGUCACCCCCCAGGCACUUCUCUUCUCUCAGUGGCCAUCUUUGAACAUGGAGGCUACAGAAAUGAAUUGAUAUGCAGAAUGCAAUGAGCAGUAGUGUCAAGUAGUGGGAUAUGUUUACUAUAAAAACAAAGCCAACGCAAAAUACUGAGCUAAUGAUUCUGUUUGAACAUUUAGUGUUAAUGUCUAGAUAAUGAACAAAGCUGUAAAAAACAAUACCUGUUUUUUGUAUGCUCAUUUUUAUUUAGAAGAACCAUACUGAAGAUGAGAUGUUGCAUCUGAUAUGAAUUCAUGUGGUAUAGUAUGAUUUUGGCAUUUCAUUUAAUAAUAGUUAUGGUUCAAGAAAAAAGUUUAGUAGUUUAAGGGAAAAAAUACAUAAAAUAAGAAAACUGCAUUGCAUCUCCUCAAGACAAGAUUGGGGUAUGAAGAAAAGGUAGAAAUAUAACAAUGAAACACAAAAUAAAAAAAUAUGAUUCACCAGACUGACUCCCACGCUGUUAUGUCCGAGAAAACACUAAACAGUACUAAAGUCUCCUACUAUAACACCAAGAAAGACUUUGGACAUUUAAAAAUAAAGAGAUGUUAAAAAACUGUCGCAUAAGCUUUCAGUGUCCUAACAUUGCGUCCUUCUUAUUGAAGUGACUUCCUUACAAUGACGAGGUAUCUACAGCUGUACUAAUACGCAAACAACUGAUGCAACGUCAUGAGUUACCUUUAUUUUGUCACAAUAAAACAAUAUUUUUCCA